UGCUUCAGCUCCAUCUUUCACUAGCCCGUACGAUUCUGGUAGCAGGAGAGAUGGCGGGUGAUGGUGCUGAAAACCCUAACCCUAGAUUCUUCGUUGCAGUCCACGUAGGGGCUGGCUUCCACUCUCCGUCCAAUGAGAAGGCCUUCAAGCGAGCAAUGAGGAGAGCCUGCCUCGCAGCUGCUUCAAUCCUUCGCCAGACUGAUGGUGGUUGUAUGGAUGCUGUUGCAGCUGCCAUUCAAGUAUUGGAGGAUGAUCCAAUCACUAAUGCAGGCCGAGGUUCAAAUUUGACCGAGGAGGGUCAUGUACAAUGUGAUGCCUGUAUAAUGGAUGGCAGCUCUGGAGCAUUUGGAGCUGUUGGAGCAAUACCUGGUGUGCGAAACCCCAUCAAAAUUGCUACUUACCUGGUGAAAGAGCAAAUGACAGGAUCUUCUUUGCUUGGUCGAUUGCCCCCAAUUUUCUUGGCUGGUGAAAGUGCACGUGAAUGGGGAAUGUCGAAGGGCAUUGUCUUGCCGGAAACGAUAGCAGAGGCUGAAGCAUGGCUAGUGACCGAGAAGGCAAAAGCACAAUGGUUGAGAUACAAAUCAAUGCUUUUGAAUGCCAAGAGACAGACUGAAUCUUCCUCUGGCAGUAAUCCUGGAACAACUAAAGUGGUGCUGACAAAUUCAGGGGUGGGAGCACUAUCUUGCAACAUGGAAAAACAUACCGUCGGUUCAGGUCAAUCUCCGUGUAUGAAGGAUGACAUUGGGCUAGAGCAAGAUUGCAUUAUGGAUACUGUUGGAGUUGUUUGCAUGGACAGCCUUGGUCAUGUUGCUUCAGGAUCAUCUAGUGGAGGUAUUGCGCUAAAGGUUGAAGGUCGUGUAGGAUUGGCAGCAAUGUAUGGUUCUGGAUGUUGGGCUUCAUGUAAAGAUCCCUUUGGAGCCCCAUUUGUUGUUGGUUGUUGUGCAACUGGUGCUGGCGAGUAUCUAAUGAAAGGAUUUACAUCACGUGAAUGUUGUGUGUCAUCAUCACUAUCACAAGCUGGUCCAGCUGCUGCAUGUACAAAGGUUUUGCGUUCUAUUGUUCAAAAUAGCAGUCAGCACUCUCAUGAUACAGGUUGUGGUGUGUUGUUUGUGCAGGCUGACAUUCAGAAGGAUGCAGAGAACACUAACCUGUUGAAAACAGUUGAGCUCGUCGCAGCCUUUUCCUCUUCAUCCUUCGGUGUAGGAUAUUUCGGCAACGCCAUGACUUGCCCAAAGGUUUCCAUACAGAGAAGUAAGAGAGCGCCUGGUGGCAAUGACAUCAAUUUUUUUGCUGCCUGCAUCAACCUUACCUCUUGAAAGCCUUGUUAGUGGUGAUUUUCGUGAUAGCUUUUCCAUUGCCUUCUGUUGAUGUUAUAAUUUACAACUACUGGAAAAAUCCGGCAGACAGUUCUGUGUUUGAGUUUCUUGUAAAAACCUGAGAUUGCUGAAAGCCAAGGUCAAAAUGAUUGUUCC